AUGGGAACUUUCGAGGGCCAUAUACUUCCCGGAGCCGCCUUCCUGCUAUUCGGCUCGUGGGUGCAGUUCAACGUCCUGCGAGCAUACUUCAAGCACCCUGGCAGCUUCCAGUCUCAGGCGUGGUUUCCUACCCGCUCCUCAGGCCUCUGGCGCUACGCGGAGCUGAUUUUGAUCGCACUGGGAGCUACAGCCUCCAUACUCAUGGAGCUCGUGCUGACGCAGCCGCAUUUCUCGCCUCUCGACGAGAACCUCGUGAUUCGUCCAGACGCGCUCAACAACUUCGAGCACGCCGCCAUUUCCUUCUUUUUCCUCCUCUACGCUCUCACCUGCCUGCUCUGCGACCUCCUCCCCAGCCUCCCGCCGUACCUGCCGUACCUAGUGGGCGCCUCGGCUCUUGCUCAAGAGUUUCUGCUCUUUAAUUUCCACUCAGCGGAUCACAUGGGUUUGGAGGGCCACUACCACAUGCUACUGAGAAUUCCAAUCGCUAUCGGGGCUAUCACCGCGGUUUUUGAGAUUGCACACCCCACAUCCUUCAUGCUCUCUCUCGUACGCGCGAUGAGCUUCCAGCUGCAAGGCGGGGUGUUCAUCCAAAUCGCCCUGUGCAUCUGGGUGCCGUCGCUGGUGCCCCUUCACUGCGUGCGCGAUCCGAUUGUCAACACGGUUACAUGCGAAAGUGACAUGUGGCAUCACAGGGCGAAAGCCCUCGGCACUCUGCAGUUCACGUGGUGGAGUGCGGCUGUUGUGGUGAACGCAUUGCUUGCCACUAUUCUCGCCAGCCAAGCCUUUUCAGACCCAUUGGAAGGGGUGUACUCCAUUGUUGGUAAGGCACAGAAGGCCGACAUUCCAAGAGACGUUGAGAUGGAAGACUCUAGACGACUGUUAGAAGUUGCCUCCUCAGACGAGAAAUCUCUCAAGGGGAACUCGUUUGCAGGGUCUGCACAUACAAGUGUGGGUGGAUGA